AUGGAUAUAUAUGAUUAUUAUAAUACACUUGGUUGUUCUAUGGAAUCAUCAUAUGAGGAAAUAAGGCAUGCAUAUUAUCAUCGAGCACGUCAACUUCAUCCGGAUAAAACCAUUGGAACAAAGGAAAAUACUAAAGAAUUUCAACUUCUUGCCGAAGCUUGGUCUAUCUUAAAAGAUCCCGACUUGAGAAAGAAAUAUGAUACUGAAUGUAAACAAGCGGAAUUAGAAUCUAAUAACAUUAUUGUUCAUGCAACUGUACAUUUACAUGAAUUACAAGAAACAAAUAAAAAGGAUGUAUUAAGUUUUCCAUGCAGAUGUGUUUUUAAAAAGACAAAUAUUCUUGAUAACCAGGGUCCAAUAAUAAAAGAUGCAUUCACACAAAAUAUAAUUUCUUGCAUUCCUUAUAAUGCCCUUUCUACGGGCAUAUAA